AUGGCUACUCCUAUCAUGAAGAUUGCGGUUUUGGGCGCCACCGGCCAGACUGGCUCGGUCAUUCAAGUCACGGCCCUCACAAGACCUUCGUCCCUGCAGAAGCCGGCAGUUCUGGAACUGCAGAAGCAGGGCGCAGAAAUCGCGAAGAUCGAUCUUGCCGGCCCGGAGGAUGAAAUCACCAAAGUGCUCCUUGGUACAGAUGUUGUCAUAUCUACCAUUUAUGGUGGUAGUGUCAUGGACGAGGUUCCCCUAAUCAACGCUGCUAAGGCUGCAGGUGUUCAACGAUAUUUGCCAUGCUUCUUUGCGACUGUUGCCCCUCCUAAGGGGGCUCUUCUGCUGAGAGAAAUGAAAGAGGAUGUGUUGAAUCAUAUUAAGAGUGUCAAAAUACCAUACACUGUUAUAGAUGUUGGCUGGUGGUAUCAGGUCAACCUGCCUCGCCUUCCUUCUGGUCGCAUCGAUUACGCCGUGAUGGAAUCCACUGAUGGCAUAGCUGGUAAUGGCAAUGUCCCAAUAGCCUUUACGGAUUUACGCGAUAUCGGGACAUAUGUUGCGCGUAUCAUCUCAGACCCUCGCACACUCAACCACAUGGUAUUUGCAUACAACGAAGUCCUCACGCAUAAUCAGAUGUAUGACGUGUUGGAGAAAGCCAGUGGGGAGAAGCUUCAACGCAAAUAUGUUGCUGCCCAAGAGAUCAAGUCUCGUAUCCACGAUGUGGAAACAACCAAUCCCGCCGCAGACUCUGCUGAGUUCGUGGCGCUCACCCAGCUGCAAUACUGGUAUUCAUGCGGCAUCAGUGGGGACAAUACCCCUGAUAACGCUAGGUACUUGGGAUACCUCUUGGCAGAGGAUUUGUAUCCUGAUUUCAAAGGGGUCACUCUGGAGGCUUACGCGCAAGAGGUCCUUGAAGGAAAGGGAAAACGAGUCUAUGAGCACCUAAUGAAUUUGCCCUCUAUCAAGGCGAUUAAUAAGGCCUGGCAGUAG